AUGAGUGCCAGCGAUGAAAUCAAGGACUUGCAUGCGGAAAGAGACGCGCUGGAAGAUGAUGCCCUAAUACGGACCAGAAGGGCCCUUGCAACGAUCAAAGGUACCGAAGGUGUUGCUCAAGAAACACUAUCUACACUGCAGUCUCAAGGGGAGCAGAUUACCUCAACAGAGCGCAAGGCCAGAGAAAUGGAUGCAAAUACACAAAAGAAUUACAUCGAGUCCAAGAAGGUUAAAAAGUAUGGCAAAUUCCUUAAUUUCUCAUUCACAACCUUUUUUAACCGCAAAAAAAAGAAAAUUGACCGGGAUUUCGACGACACGAUUUUGGGGAUCGAGUCCACUGCCCAAAAGGACAAAAUCAAGCAGCGCGAGCGAAUAUUGACCGAACAGUUGCAAAAGGAGCAAAAGAUGAGGAAAGAGCUGUCGAAACCCCGAGCGAAAGAGGCUGAAAUUGCACCCGCCCCAGAAAAAACGGAAAAGGAAACAGAAAUUGAUGGAAAUUUGAGGGAUAUUUCCGCGGUUACCAAGAACCUCGGUAAAAUGGCACUGGACAUGUCGGAUGAACUGGAUGCGCAAAAGGUUAAAAUCUCCAAAAUUGGUGCGCUAAACAAGCACGCUGAAGCGACGCUUGUGAGGUCCGAAGCGAAAAUUGAAAAAGGGCAUAUGAUACAGACGACGGCUGUUGGCGACUCAAAUGCCGACGCGCAAUUGAACGUUCAAUUCAAUUCGACCAUGACAUAUAAUACUCGAUUACAAAUAGCAGGUGGGAGAAUGCCGUUCGUACAAGGAAAUGGUGCGAUCCCUUGUGGUUAUUUCUCCCUUUAUAGAGGAUAUCGCGUCGAUUACCCUUCCAUCGACUUUCGAAGCAGAAAUGUUGCUAAUGUUGGGAACCGCAAAAUUUGCCAUCACGUCAACGCCAUCAAAGCCAUGAUGAAUCCUGUGGACACGGUGUUUGGCCCGAAUGGCGACCAUUCCAGGAUUUAUGGUUUCGUUUCUGGCAGCGUCAUGGGAAUUAGCACUGGAGGUCAGGAGAUAGUUAGAGUUGCUGAUUUGAUCGGAUUAGCUUUUCAAGAAGUGAGCUUAAAAAAUCGCAUGGUUUGA